CUUGGUUUCGUCAGAAAAAUAAAGAGACAAGUUCAAGUGUUACAUCUCCUCUUGUAACAUCACUUGUGGUUUGGUUACAAUUAAAAUGAGUCAGGUUUUUAGUAAUGAUGCUGUGGCAAGGGCCGUGGAAGAAAUAAAAAGUGGUCCUAGUUCACGGAGACAUGCUGAUAUUUUGGCGCCACAUAUUCACAAAGUUGAAUCUCCUCCUAAACAGACACUUUUCCAAGAAAUCAAACAUUCUUUCAAUGAGACUUUCUUCUCAGAUGACCCUUUUGCCAAGUUUCAGGGUCAAACAAAAUCAAGAAAGUUUAUUCUAGGAGUCCAAUCUGUUUUCCCUAUUUUUGAAUGGGGACAGGGCUACAACCUUCAAAAGUUCAAGGGUGAUUUCAUUGCUGGACUCACCAUUGCAAGUCUUUGCAUUCCUCAGGAUAUUGCAUAUGCAAAGCUUGCAAAUUUAAAGCCAGAAUAUGGACUAUAUACAAGUUUUGUUGCUCCUCUUGUGUAUGCUUUCAUGGGAAGUUCAAGAGAUAUUGCCAUAGGACCUGUAGCUGUGGUGUCCCUUUUGCUUGGAACCUUGCUAACUGAUGAGAUCAGUGAUUACACAGAUCCUGACUAUCUGCGUCUUGCAUUUACUGCCACUUUCUUUGCAGGAAUCACUCAAAUGGCACUAGGAUUUCUCAGGCUUGGUUUCUUGAUUGACUUCUUAUCUCAUGCUGCCAUUGUUGGAUUCAUGGGUGGAGCUGCUGUUACUAUUGCACUGCAACAGCUUAAAGGUCUUCUUGGCGUUAAAGACUUCACUAAGAAAACUGAUAUUGUUUCUGUCAUGAGAUCGGUUUGGAGUGCAGUCCACCAUGGGUGGAAUUGGGAGACAAUAGUAAUUGGACUAGCAUUCUUGGCUUUCCUUCUUACAACAAAGUAUAUUGCUAAGAAGAAUAAGAAACUCUUUUGGGUAUCUGCAAUUUCUCCUAUGAUAUGUGUUAUACUGUCUACUUUAUUUGUAUUCCUUACAAGAGCAGACAAGAAAGGAGUAGCAAUUGUGAAACAUAUUAAAAAAGGUGUAAAUCCAUCAUCUGUUAGUGAAAUAAUUUUGAGUGGAAAAUAUCUCAGUGCUGGUAUUAGGAUUGGUGUGGUGUCCGGUAUGGUAGCACUCACUGAAGCUGUGGCCAUUGGAAGAACAUUUGCUGCAAUGAAAGACUAUUCACUUGAUGGUAACAGAGAAAUGGUGGCACUUGGAACGAUGAACCUUAUUGGUUCAUUGACAUCUUGUUAUGUUGCUACAGGAUCUUUUUCGCGGUCGGCUGUGAACUAUAUGUCUGGUUGUAAAACUGCUGUAUCAAACAUAGUUAUGUCCAUCGUUUUGUUGUUAACUCUGCUACUAAUUACACCGCUGUUCAAGUACACUCCAAAUGCAGUGCUUGCCUCAAUUAUUAUAGCUGCUGUGAUGAGCCUGAUAGACAUUGAAGCAGUUAUUCUUCUGUGGAAGAUUGAUAAAUUUGAUUUUCUAGCUUGCAUGGGAGCCUUCUUUGGGGUCAUUUUCAAAAGUGUUGAGAUUGGCCUUCUAAUUGCGGUGAUAAUAUCUUUUGCUAAAAUCCUUUUACAAGUGACAAGACCAAGGACUGCAGUACUUGGGAAGCUUCCAGGGACUACUGUAUAUAGGAACAUCCUGCAAUAUCCUAAAGCAGCACAGAUUCCUGGCAUGCUUAUCAUUAGGGUUGAUUCGGCAAUCUACUUUUCAAAUUCCAACUACAUCAAGGACAGAAUAUUGAAGUGGUUGACUGAUGAAGAGAUUUAUAGGACAGCAAGUGAAUUUCCAAGUAUACAAUAUCUCAUUGUUGAUAUGUCACCUGUUACUGAUAUUGACACUAGUGGCAUCCAUGCCUUUGACGAUUUACUUAAGAGCCUCAAGAAAAGAGAUGUCCAGCUUCUUCUUGCAAAUCCAGGACCGAUUGUAACUGAGAAGCUCGAAGCAUCAAUGUUAACAAAAACAAUCGGGGAAGAUAAAAUAUUUCUAACAGUAGGAGAUGCUGUUGAAACUUUUGGUCCAAAGGGUACAAAUUUAUGAGGAAUAUAACAAUUGAAGUUUUUAAACAAGAUAUGCAAGAAAGUGUGUGUGAAGCUGUUAAGGGAGCUCUUAGGAACUCUUGUAAAUUUGUUGUUUUGUAGUUUUGUUUGAUUUUCAUUGAUUAGUAUUUCCAAUUGAUGUGAUGUACAAAAGAAAUGUGUUUUCUAUUUGAUUAUACCUCUUUGUUUAUUUUAUGAUGUGGAAGCUAAUAAAACCUUUGUUUAUGAAUUAUAUAAUUGAAAAUCAAAA